AUGGAGCCAGGAAAGGAGCAAGCUCUCCCCACCACCACCAAAGAGGGGCUUAAACAGAUCGCAGGAAAGGCCCUCGGGAACAUAUACAGGUAACUAAGAUUUCUGCACGAUUUUUAAGAGCAGAAUUAAAAAGAUUUAUGAAGAAGAGAAAGGAGGCAGAUGUUCACACCACACAUAAAGCAUGCAUUGGAUAUGAAUGUGUUUAUUAAUGAAAUGAAGGGGGAAAUCUCUGCUUUCUGGAUGCUGGAUGUGGCCCGAAUAUUUAAGGAUCAGAUAUUUCCCUGGAGGAUGAUCCCUCCACCAGCAGCUGUGGGUGUUUUUUAAUAAUUAAUGUAACAGAGCGAGUCGUGACACAAGGUCGGUGGAUAUCUAUUACCUUAUGUAUCCAUCUGGAUUCAUUCAAGAUCGAUGGACCACAUAUCAAUUGAUGGGCAUUAUUUUUUUUACACUGCAUGGAUAUGAAGAUGUAAAUGAAAUUUUGUCCAGAUUAAAGCAACCAGAUUCUUUAGUAUCACAGGAAAGGGUGUGGAGGAACAGAUUUACGCAUACAGGAAUUUGGUUCUUGAUUUGAUCUUUUUGGAGAUGCAAUAAAUGUCAAACAAAUUGUUCAAAUAAAAAAAAAAAUCAGCAUAACACAGCCGUCAUAAAAUCUGCAUAUUAGAUCUCAGCUUUUUAAACUCUAGAUUAGAUGUUUUCUUCUUAUAGAUUCAGCCUAAAUCUUGAAUGCCUUCCAUUGCAUGAAUCACAGAUAGAAAAAAUAUAUUGGUUUGAUUUGAGAUGUAGCAGGCCUGCCUCCUCUCUUCAUGAGGCCUUUCACAUUGUAAUCAUUCGUUUCGAAUCGAAUCUAAAAUUCCUGCGUAAAAAAACACACGAUUAAGCCAAAUCUAAAUACCGACGCCACAUUUAUACGUCGUGAAGGACGAUAAAAAAAUGGCAGAAAUAACUUAAAAGCGGUGCUGCUGGUAGGCUAUUGCUGCAAUGCGGUAUUAAGGUCAUUUUCUCUUCGUUUGUCCGUGAGUCUUUCUCUAAACGGAAUGUAAAGAAUUAAAGAUGGGAACGAAAAAAAGUGAGAUUUUCAAUAAAAGCUGCAGGAUUUAAGAGGCCUGAGCCAAAUGAAAGAAGAAUAUGAAGACAUUAGAAAGGCCUAACAUUGAGAGAGCAUGAAUGAAAGAUUAAAGAUAUAUUUUCUAUAUUAAACAAGCUGCAAAGAGAUCAAAAAUUAUGUGAGAAACACAUAAAUACCCUUUUAAAGACAAAUAAUCACAUUUUUAUCCUGUAAAAGGCCUAUCUGUCGCUUUAUCUUCUCUAAAUCUGCCCACAUGUUCAGUUUUCACACAUCCAAGAGUCGACACUGAAUCUAAACCUAAAAGUCAUAUUUUUAACCGUGCAGGAGGCUCGAAAAACGGCAGCAAACAAGUGAGGCGAUCGAGCUGACGGAGGAUGGGAGACCCACGCAGGACCCGGAGCGGAAGGCGCCCCUGUGUGACUGCACGUGCUUCGGGCUCCCGCGCAGAUACAUCAUCGCUAUGCUGAGCGGCAUCGGGUUCUGUAUUUCCUUCGGUAUCCGGUGUAACUUGGGUGUGGCUAUCGUCAGCAUGGUCAACAACCACACGAUCCACCAGAACGGCAAGAUCAUCAUCAAAGAGGUGCCUACAAACCCCGCCCCCCUCUUAAUACCCCCGGCACGAGCCCCAAUGCACGAGCCCCCAGUGUUUGAUUGGUGUUGAGGGCCACAAAAGACAUCAAUAGAACUGCAAAAUGUGUUUUUAAGAUCUGCUUAAAGGGUGUUUGGUCCUCAUAGAAGCAAUUGACUGUGGGUAUUUUGUUCUGAUUUGUAUGUUCCCUAAAAUCAGCAAACUAUGCUUUUAUUGGUCGACCGAUCAAAGAUAGCCGGUCAAACAAUCGAAUAAAAAAAGCUCAAACAGGGUUCUUUCUAGAGUCUCUAAUGAGAUUUCGCUAUUUUCUCAUUCAUAUUUGGUUCAUAGUAUUUCUGGAGGAAAAUGUGAAAAUCCCUAAAAUCAGCAAUGUUUGCUUUUAUUGGUGAUCGAUCAAAAAUAGCCGGUCAAACAAUCGAUUAAAAAAGCUCAAACGGGGUUCUUCCUGGAGUCUCUAAUGACAUUUCGCUAUUUUCACAUUCAUAUUUAGUACAUAGUAGUUCUGGAGGAAAAUGUUGAAAUCCCUAAAAUCAGCAAUGUUUGCUUUUAUUGAUUGGUCGAUCAAAGAUAGCCGGUCAAACAAUCGAAUAAAAAAAAACUCAAACAGGCUCUCUCUGGAGUCUCUUAUGAGAUUUCGCUAUUUUCACCUUCAUAUUUGGUAUUUCUGAAGGAAAAUGUGAAAAUCCCUAAAAUCAGUCUCUAUUUGUUUGCGCGUGUGCGUGUUUUUGUGUGUGUGUGUGUGUGUGUGUGUGUGUGCGUGCGUGCGUGCGUGCGUGUGUGUGUGUGUGUGUGUGUGUAAAAGAAAGCGAAAUUCAACUGGGACCCGGAGACGGUGGGGAUGAUUCAUGGCUCCUUCUUCUGGGGCUACAUUGUCACUCAGAUUCCAGGAGGAUACAUAUCCUCCAGACUGGCUGCUAACAGGUAACUCCACUAGAUAAAUGAACUAAACAUUGUGGGUGGGGUCUAAAGACAAAGCAGAUUUGAGUGUUAGCUUUCCUACGCGCGUUGCUGUCUAAAAUAAGGGUGUGAGUGUUACAAAAGUGCUUUUGUGUUGAUGAGUGCGUGUGGCUCUCCUGGUCUGGAGGAGUCAGGCUGACCUUACAGCAGAUCAACUGGGGAUUUGGCUGAUGCCCACCAGGCGUGCCUCCUCAUGUUAAUGAGCUCCCGUGGGACCACCGUGUCUAAUCCUUUAUGUUCACAGACAUGGCAACCACAGCAGCCAGAGCCUAGAGAGAAAUGAAUUUCUUAGCGAUGAUUCUUGAUGAAUUUGAUAGCAAAAGCGCCUCCUCAUGAUAUAACCUUAUUUAUUAAAGAAAAAAAAACAAUUGUUCUGCAACAAGUAGAGGAAGCAGAGCAAAAAGCAAUAAUCUAUAACAACUGAACAACAACAUGCAAGAAAGAAGAAAAAAUCCUUGUUUGAAAAUCAGUGAUAGAUAAGAUGAAGGUGAAAAAAAUCAGGAUGAGGUUCCUGUAAAUGUUGCCGUCUAUGAAUAUGACAGGAUUAUUGGUUUUUCAUAAGGGACAUGGAGCCUAAAUAAGAUGCAAAUCUUUGAAGAGCUUCCUCAUGCCAAGUCAGCUGAGCCCACUGACGCCUUCUGCUGCAAACACCUCCUGUCCACACUCCCCUCACUCUGAAGAACUGCCUGGUGUGUGUGUGUGUCUGUGUGUGUUUGUUAAAGUGUGGCGCUCAUUUAGAGCAGAUUUAACUCCCUUAUCAAUACUAAUGCUUGUACUGUGAGGCAAAGAAUACCAUUAACUUGACAAACUGAUGCUUUUAAUCCAUUUACAGUGCAUAAAAUUGAACAAAUGCUGCCAACAUUUUGAAUCUCCUUUUGGUGAAAUCCUCUCAAAUAAUCCUAACUCACUUCUGAUACAGAGUUUUUGGAGCUGCCAUCGUGCUGACAUCUACCCUGAACAUGUUCAUCCCCUCUGCUGCCCGCGUGCACUAUGGAUGUGUCAUCUUUGUGAGGAUAUUACAGGGGCUAGUGGAGGUACUGAGCUCUGUUUAUCUUUCACAUCUUGACCUUUUAAGCGUUUGAAAAUGAUGCCUCAUUAUGGAGCUGAGGACUCAACUCGACCCCUAAUCAAAUUGUCCUGACAUUCUGAAUUUGAACAACUCGCUCUCUGUAUGAAUCUGUACUCAGGGAGAAAAGAAACCUGUUAUUUUAAAGAUCCAAUCAUAAUACUGCACACAAUUAGCAGACUAGCGCUCAGACAGCAAACAGCAUCAACCCCCUGAAUGGCAGGAGCUUACGAGUUGGUUUAGCUGGCCAAAACAGCCUCGUGUUCACAUAGAAACACGUAGAACAAAAGAGAUAAAAAGCACUCAAUGAGGGCGGCUCCCACAGCUCCACAAAAAAAGAGAAGAUUUCAGGGAGGGGAGCUUUUAUCCAACUGAAGGUCAUCCUCUUUUUUGUUUUGUUUUGUUUUGUUCUGCUGCGAUCUGUUAUUUCAAAAGCAGCUCACGAGAGAGAAACACAGAGCAGGACCGAGCUGCCUGUGUGCUCGGCCAUCGACUUAUUACUGCAAAUUAAACAUUAGCAUUUCAGGGUGUCUCCCCCUGCAAGCCCCAGCAAUUUGUGUCUAUCAAUAGUUGAUUGUAUGCCACUUAGUGUGUAAUGAAGAUUUAAUGGGAACAAUUCAGUUUUUUUUUUUUUCAUGAAGUGGGUAGUCAGCUUGAAUUUGCUCUCACUCACACCUCAGUCAUUAGUCUCUGUUAGAAAGGUCAGCUAGCAUGCAUGUCAGUUUGUUUGUUAUUAACUCCAAUUUGUCCUCUACGUCUGUAACUAAUGUGAACAGACUGCAUCAAUCAAGAAGCACAAGUUUAACAGAACAGAUGUGCAAAUGAUGUUUGUGUUCAUAUCUCACUGAGGUAUUGUCGUUCUCUGUGCAGGGUGUAACUUACCCAGCAUGCCACGGGAUCUGGAGUAAAUGGGCUCCACCAUUGGAAAGGAGUCGUCUGGCAACCAUCUCCUUCUGUGGUGAGAGAGAUGCACACAUGACUGAAAUACACGAGGAGCGCAUGAAUAGAUCCUCUCAUUGUACGACUCAGGUUUAAAAUGACAAAAUAUUGCUCCUACAGUGUUUGUAUGCUGUGACAGCUGCCUUUUGAAUAGGCAGUCAGGAUCAGAUUCUGCUGAGUCAUACUAUUCUGUCUUGUUCAGGAUCGUAUGCUGGUGCAGUGAUAGCCAUGCCUCUGGCUGGGAUCCUGGUCCAGUACACAGGAUGGUCCUCUGUCUUCUAUGUGUACGGUGAGUGUCACUUCUAUGGAUUUUAUGUGAUUCAAACACCUUAAAACAAAAGAAAAUCAUUAUGCUGUAUAAACAUAAUUAUGGACUGAAUUCCUACUGACUACAUUAAAUCCUGUAACCUCACAAGGUUUUGUCCAACCAAAUGCUUGUUGUGGCAAAUUUCAGCAAACAGUUAUGAGACAUUGCUGUGUGGCUGGCACUGGAGAAGUUUGCUGUCCUCAAACACGAAGGGGCAGAAAGCUGCAGAUUCUAGCACUGUGACUUGUGAAGUGCUUGAGUUUACAACAAUUGCCCUGUAAAGUGUCCUUGGGUGCUCAGAAAGGCGCUUUUAAAUAAAAUGUAUUAUUAUUAUUAUUAUUAACAUAUUAACAGCCUAACAUAAAUAAAGAAGUUUUCAGAGGCUUAUUUUUCAGAUCUGCUCCAACUUUAUGGAGAGUAAAGCUUCUUAUGAGUCAUCUUUUUCAACCAUUCAAAGGCUUAAAGGUACAAUGUGUAGUAAUACACAUGACUUGGCAGAAAUGGAAUGCAAUAUUCAGAAGUACUUUGAAUUCCUGUGUAAUUAUAAAGAUUUGUUUUUGUUGACAGAGAAUGAGCCUUUUAAAUCUACACAAGGAGCAAGUCUUGAUCUAGCCCUGCCGUGUACAUUAGCACAGCUCAGAUAACCAAAACCUCCUGGAGGAUAAGUUUACCUUGAUAGACAGAGCAGUCAAAACAGCUCAGAUGUCUUCAAACAUGGCUGAGGGAGGAAGGAGCUUUAACCAGAGCAUGAACACAACAUGUUGAAUAUUGAAUCAAUUCUAGACCCUACUGCACAGGUAGACACGAGGAAAGACAGCAAGAAAGGAGUGAGGAGAAAUGAGUUGAACAAGUCAAAACAAUAUUUUUGUAUCAAAUCACACACCUUUGAAGGGCAGUGCUGAUUUAAGGGGCUGGUGGGUGCAGCUGAUGGUUUGCUAAAGGGUUGUUGCAAUAAAUUUAAAGCUCCUGUGAGAAACUUUCGGUUUAUGUCGAUUUUGGUACCCCCUGUGGACUACAUACUUAAGUAGUAACUUGAUUAAAAAAAGACUCGUCCUGAUGUCAAAUGUUUCAUUUAUUGGACGUAUUUUAUAUGGAAUUUGUAAAAACAAAGUUGUCUCUUCAGCUGCUUCGCUGACAUUCGGUUAAAGGUCUUAAAAUUUAUGAUAGCUACAAAAAUUGUCAGUGUGGUUGCUGGUGGUCUUAUUUGGUUUUGGAUAUUGUGAAAAGAUAUCAAAAUGAAUUCCAGUCUAUUUCAUAAACAUUCAAAAAAACUCCUCACUGGACCUUUAAGUCACCAAGCUAUACUGUUUGGGUAUCCACUAUUUUGUCCAAAUAUUUUAUUUAACCUUUAUUUAACCAGGAAAUAUCCUAUUAAGAUUAAGAACGUCUUUUUCAAGGGAUACUAACUAGAAAAAACUGACCUGUAGAAAAACCAUUAAGCCCAUGGAUAUAAACCAAAGGACUACGUCGCAGAGGCUAUAUCUGCUGUCACAUAGUGUUUCAGCAUUUAUUAUAAAACAAUAAGUUGUUUAGAGUUAUACUGUGGGGGCUUUUGGUCUAAGCAGUUUUCAUUCUGUGCAUUUUUCCUGUCACUGUGUCUCUAGGUUGCUUUGGAAUAGUCUGGUACCUGUUCUGGGUCUUGACUUCCUACGAAAGCCCAGCGGAGCACCCGACCAUCACCGAAGAGGAGCGCCGUUACAUUGAGGAGAGCAUCGGUGAAAGUGCUCAGCUGAUGGGUGCGAUGGAAGUGAGUUCCGCGUCUAAAUGUGUUGUUCAUUACUGGUGGCUGAGUGCCGUACAUCCUGCUCACUCUCUGUUUGUUUGAACAGAAAUUCAAGACUCCCUGGAGGAAAUUCUUCUCCUCUAUGCCUGUCUAUGCAAUUAUCGUGGCAAACUUCUGCAGGAGCUGGACCUUUUAUCUGCUCCUCAUCAGCCAGCCUGCCUACUUUGAAGAGGUGUUUGGCUUUGAAAUUAGCAAGGUAAAUAAGUCCCCCUUAAACUGCCUGAUGUUAAACCUAAAAAUAUCCUUUAAUAUUAUGUGAUCAAUCUUCAGGACUACAAACCAAGGUUCUUCUAUAGAUUAUUGAGUGAAGUUAGUGUACGUUACUGUACAUAAUGGAGUCAAAAAUGUACUUUUCACUUGUGUUGCCAUUUGCUUUAAGAUGCAUUUCACCGCAAAUUCAACCUGUAGUCCUAAAAAUGAUCAUUUUUGUAGUCUAAAAUUAUAUUUCUAAAUUAAUAACAUGUACUUUUUAUUUGCUACAUAAUCAUAUUUUGACCUUUUUUGGACUUUUUCUGUUCUUUAGCAAAAACUUCCACCUGCUCCAAAAAAUUGAAUCUCCUUUUGCUUGUUGUUUACCAAACACAUACAAGCAGAGAACUUUUGCAGAAAGUCCUAAAGUGCAAUGAUUUGAUUACUUUCUUAUGUUUUCUCUGAGUGAAUUUCAGACAAAGCAACAUAUUCCAGUUAAACCUUAAAGUUUAGGAGAGAGUGGUGCAUGAAUCAAGCUGGACUGUCAGGUAUAAUUCAGGCUGCUGAGUUACUGCAGGUGAUUUAUUAGCCCAGAAAUGAUGCUGGUGUCAGAGGGUGAGAUGGACACGCAGAUUGGAUCUGAGACAGAGCAUUUAUGUGAUAAAAACAUCUUUGUUCAAUGUUUUUCAGGUUGGUAUAGUUUCAGCGCUUCCUCACUUGGUCAUGACCAUCAUUGUGCCCUUAGGGGGCCAGUUAGCCGAUUAUCUACGGACCCACAACAUCAUGUCCACCACUAUGGUCCGCAAAAUCAUGAACUGUGGAGGUAAGGCUUUGAUUAGAAGUUUUCAGUCAGAGAUAUUUGAUUUUAGAUGAUUUUCUCACCGGUGUACUCCUGUCUUUUUGUUCUCAGGAUUUGGGAUGGAGGCUACGCUCUUACUAGUGGUGGGUUACUCUCACAGUAAAGGGGUGGCCAUUUCAUUCUUAGUUCUGGCUGUGGGUUUUAGCGGGUUUGCAAUAUCAGGUGGGUCCCAAAACAAAGGAUGUUUGCUGAAAUUCUUUGAGGUUUGUGCCUUUCAAAAACUGGACUUAACUCAAAAGUGUCUCUCUUCUCUAUUAAAGGUUUUAAUGUCAACCAUCUAGACAUCGCUCCUCGCUAUGCCAGCAUCCUAAUGGGCAUUUCCAACGGAGUGGGUACCCUGUCAGGGAUGGUCUGCCCUCUGAUAGUGGGAGCCAUGACAAAGAACAAGGUGAGUUAUGUCUAUUUGUGUUGGUUUUUUAAACUGAUUGUGUAUGAGGACAGGACUGUUGAAAAGCCGACAAAAUGUUUAAAUUUUAAGUCUCUAAAAGAUCGGGUAUAUAACAUCAAAAAAGCCCUUGUGAGCUGAGCCUCACUUUGAAUACUGAAGGUUACAACUCAUUGACUUUAAGUCACAGUAAAACAGACAUAAGGUCUUACUGAGAUGGAGUUUUGUCACAGGAAGAAUUAUAUCAAAUUAAAUAUAGUGGUUUCACUGGGUUACUCAAAUUUGGCUGCAGCUCACUGGCAAAGAUGUGAAAAAUAUAAAUAUCAGUUUCACUGUUAUUGUUACCUGUAUUAUGUGAGGAUAAGAUUUGCACUUAUUAGUAAUAGACCAAGUAUAUAUAGAACUUAAAGCUCUUGUAAGGAAGUUUUGGUUUGUGGCAAUUUUGGCGCCCUCUGUGGACAAAGCUGUCUUUUUUUAUCUUGUCCUUUAAAAGCUUAAGAAGCAUCUCCUAACAAAGACAUCUCACCCUGGUGACAGUCAAACAAAUCAUUUAUUGUAAAUUUCAAAUAUUAAUUGUAAAAAUAGGGCUGGUUCGUUUACCCCCUCACGCCCGUUUGAGGCUUUAAAAGUAAUUUAAAAAUUGUAAAUCCUCUUGCCAAUGGUCUUGUUUGCUUUUGUCUGUCUAGAAAAGCAUCAAUAUGAGUUUCAGCUCCUUUCAUAACCAUAAACUCCUCAAAGGAGCUUUAUUACAAUCAAAAGUGAAGUGUGUCAGCUGAAGUCUACUGUGAUACUUCUCUGCGAGCUGCACAAGUGGUCUUGGACUAAGCCUGACUAACACUAGUUUCUGUCUCCAGACUCGAGAGGAGUGGCAGUACGUCUUCCUCAUCGCCUCCCUCGUGCAUUAUGGAGGCGUGGUGUUUUAUGGGAUUUUUGCGUCUGGGGAGAAGCAGCCAUGGGCCGACCCUGAGGAGACCAGUGAUGAGAAGUGUGGCUUCAUCGACGAGGAUGAACUCGCUGAGGAGACGGGUGACAUCACGCAGGGUUACGGCGCCAUGGCUGCCCCGGCUAAAAGCUACGGGGCCACUGCACAGCUGAACGGGGGUUGGGUGCAGGACUGGGACAAGACGGAGGAGUAUGUGCAGGAACCAGCAGGGAAGAUGUAUUCUGAGCGUGGCUACUCUUAA